AUGGUUUUUGAAAUGUUAACGAUGUGCAUUAAACCGAUGUCAUUUCUCAACUUGUUACGCCGCACAAUACACACAACAAUGAAUACGACAUGGAAAUUUGCCACAAUUUUCCAAAUUUAUUUUCUUGUCUCUGUGUUAUGCACUGAUUUGAAAAAGGAAAAUCCGUUUCGUAUGAGUAAAGUUAAUGCUGUGUGGCAUAAAGGUCAAAAGGUGUUAAAGGAGAAACGCUUGUCUGACUUGUAUGCUGAUUUGCAAGUACAAGACAGGCGUGAAGUUGAUUUGAAACUUCGCAAAACUGAGGGUGUAGACAAUGAAGGAUUGUUUGAGGCUCAAGUCAGGAAAGAAAUGGCAGUGAUACUGGAUCGUUAUGGCCUUACUAGGCAUUUCCCAGGGGAAAACUAUAGUGGAUCUCCAGGUUAUCAGCCAAAUGAAAAUGGUUCCCUUCCACUUAAUAUCAGGGACAAUCGACUAAAAGACCUGCUCAAUAAGGCGCAGAUUGAAGGAUUCUCAGAUGCGGAGAUGUCCUUAUUGCAUGAGGAAAUGCAUCAUCAUCAAGAAAAAAUGGAUGAAUAUGAACAGUUAAGAGCGGAAUAUGAGCAACUUGAAGGUAAAAUUGACAAUUCUGUUGAGAACAUUGAUGACCAAACCGAUACGUAUGCAAGAAUGAGUGACGUAAAGAAAGAGAUGAAAGCAAAACAUAAAGAGGUGCAGGAGUCUUUAAAGACCACAGAAGAUCGCGUCAAGAAUCCCGGUGUACAUGAAAUAUUCCAGGAUCCAAGGGUCUACCACUUGUGGGCCUUGGCACAGAAAGCUGAAAUGGAUGAAAAUGAGCUCAGUUCUAUCAAGACAGAGCUGGAACACUUUGAGAGACGGAUCAAGAAGGCCGAGUACAUGUCGGGCAAGGUGAGGUCCCUGGAGGAGAAGUUACAGAGUGGACAGGAUGUAAACCCGGCAGACCAGGCCUCCUGGAGGGAGAAGGCCGACUUCCAGAAUAGAAAGGUGGAGAAAUACCACAACGACUUGAAGCUACGUAUCCAAAGGAAAUUUGAUGAAUUGUGA